CACGCGGUUGCUAUAGGGGGGUUGAGUCAGGCAGGACAUUACAUUACAUUCUGUUGCUUCAACAGUGACUGAAUGAAUAGGCUGCUUACGACUCGUUUAAUACGUUUAUGGAUUUGCGGACAUGAGUGAUGUAUUUACGUUGCGAACUUGAGAUGUGUUUACCCUGUAGGUGCGACGAUGAAGCGAACAUGAUCAGUACCGAUGGCCCCUCCACCACGUGCGAGGAGACCCGGGACGCCGGGAAGAAGAAGAGGGGCAGGCAGCCUCCAGAAAUGUUGCACCUCAUGUUCGCUGUGUCCGUGUGGCUGGUGACGGGCACCACUAUAUCCAGCCUCAACAAAUGGAUAUUCGCCGUGUACAAUUUCAGAUACCCGCUGCUUCUGUCAGCCCUCCACAUGCUGACGGCCAUCGUGGUGGACUACGGACUGAUCAAGUGCAGGGUGAUCCGACACAGAGGCGUCGGGGAGCAGGAUUUAACCACCAGCGCCAAAUGCAAGGUGUUCCUGCUGAGCUUGACCUUCUGUGCCAGUAUCGCGUUUGGCAACGUGGGACUCAAUUAUGUGCAGCUCUCGUUCGCGCAGAUGAUCUACACCACAACGCCGCUGUUCACGCUGGCUAUCUCCACUCUGAUUCUGGGGAAGCAGCACCACUUCCUGAAGUACACCGCGAUGAUGCCCAUCUGCCUCGGGGCGUCGUUCAGCAUCAUGGGCGAGGUCCAGUUCGACCAGACCGGCUGCCUGUUCGUGUUCGCCGCCACCAUGUUAAGAGGCGUAAAAACCAUUCAACAAAGCAUCUUGCUCCAGGAGGAGAAGAUCAACUCUGUCUUCCUGCUGUAUCUGAUGUCCAUCCCCAGCUUCUGCAUCCUGGCCGUAGCCGCCCUGGCUCUGGAGAACUGGGCCGCGCUGCAGUCCCCUUUCCAGUAUGACCACCACCUCUGGGGUUUCAUCUUGCUCAGCUGCCUGGGCUCAGUGCUUUACAACCUGGCCAGCUGCUGUGUCAUCACCCUGACCUCCGCUGUCACGCUGAACAUCCUGGGGAACCUGAAUGUGGUGGGGAACCUGCUGCUGUCCCAGCUGCUGUUUGGGCACGAGCUGACGGCUCUUAGCUGUGCUGGAGCUGCGCUCACCCUCUCAGGCAUGAUCAUCUACCAGAACUCAGAGAUCAUCGUAGCUUACAUCGAUGCACGGAGAGACAGGACACCAACCGGUGGCAGUGGAGAGGACGUGGCUUGUGACUCGAGCAUAUCAGAGACUCCAGAACCUUGUUCAGAAGAAGAAUUAUCUGCAGAAGAGAGGACAGAUAAUCAGGUCCAUGAGAAAUCAGACUGAAGCGACUGAAGGCUGAGUUCCAAAACCUAGUGAGCUGCAGUGCUGCUGUCUAUAGACAAACACCAGAAUUGUUUUCUUGUAAUGGAGCACAAAAUGAAACAACCACUUUCUUUAGAUGAAAAAGAGAAGCUUGGAGCAGAGUUACUAUAGUUAACUAAAACUGAAACUAGAACCAUAAAAAUGUUAAAUAAAUGAUAAAUGAAGUAAAAUA